AUGUGUGCCUACACAACUCCUAAAAUCUGUCAUCAUCUAGGAGUAACUAGAGUUUCGCAAGUCGGCACAGCAUUUGCGUGCUGGGCUUGCCCGAACGUGCAACAUUCCCCGCGGCGGCCGCUAUCAGAUGCGCAGGCGCACGUGACGGAAUCCCGCCCCCCUGGACCGUACCCCUCCCUCUACCUUCUCCUCUUCCCAGAAACAGAGCAUCUGAAAGUAUUCGAGAGCAGGCGACGUGUCCCCACGUCUAACUACAAGUCUAACGCUACUUCGAAUGGGGCGUGCCAGGGAGCGGGGCGCGGGUCAGGCGCGGCGGCGUGGCCGGCACAGACACACGCUGGAUGCCUCUCUGUGAAUAAUUCGCGUUGUUGUUCGGCGCCGGUGUUAGCAAUUGUCGCGCGGUUGUUUUACGAUAGCAUCGUGCCGCCGCGAGUCGGCGCCGCUGAUCUAGAUCGCGGCGUCCGCUCACCAAAGACGUGCACUCGACGGAUAAAGUCGUCACACACGACGUUCGCACCCGCGCCAGGUAUGCCUUUGAAAAACGCAGCGCAAUCGCAAAGUAUUCAGCGUGCGCUCGUGAUGGCAUCCUAG